UUAUUUUUUAGCAAACAAUAUUCAUGUUUACCUACAAAGAUACAGCUUUAAAUUCAGAAAACAGAACCGGUGUUAGAUAAAUCAUAAAAAUUAAAUCUUCUACAAUAAACAGAAUCUUCGUUUACUUUAGUGUAUUAAUAUUAAGUUUACGGUUUGAUGAGAUAAUAUAAAUUAUAUUUGCCAAAUUAUACAAUUAUAAUCCAUUGUUACCAACGACUUGAUAAAUUAAAUAUAAAAAGCCACCUCUGUUUUCUAAUGUCAACUUAGAGUUGCCAUGACAUUAUUUGUUAUUAUGGUCACGUCUAUCUUGAAAUAACCAGCUACAAGAUAAUUAUUGUAGUAAAGCUUUUUUAAUUAAUAUAUAAGAUAAUAUUAAUAUUUAUUUUUCAAAGUGUAGAAAUAAACAAAUUUUAUGUUAAUAAUUUAACUACUUUGUUAAAGAUUAUAUCAAAAACAGAAUAGAACCAUCUAUUAUCCUUAAAUCUAACUAAUGAGAGUAUUAAUAGCAAACAUUUCAUGUAUAAAUUGUAAGAUGGCGCGACGUGUUAUAUUUUGUAGUGAAAUUAAGCUAAGAUAAAUGAACGUGAGCAAUUCUAGUCUGUAAAGGAAUUGAUAGGACAUUAACACUACAGUAGCGUGGAUCUUAAUCAUUAAGACAUAAAUUUAUCAGAUUAUAAUUUUUUUAGUUGAGAUUUACAUUUCUGUUUGUAACUUAUAGUUCUGUAAUAGUAAGGUAUAAAAAGGAAUAUUGAUUAAUUGAAUUAUUUAUUUAACAGUGCAUAUGAAAACUUUAGUGUUAAAUGUACAUGUAUACAGAGGUCUAAUAUGACUGGAACUUUUAGUAGACAUUAGCAGCGACGAAACGAAAGCGAAAAAUUUUACAUGAAUUAGAAUUCGUUCUGGAAAAAAUAGAAAAAGAAAUUAUUAGUUGGAGUAUGUGGUAUUUGGGGAAUAGUUGACAAUGCUUUACUUCUUUAUAAUCUUCUAUCAAAACUGUACUAUAGAAGAGGAUGGUCAUUAAAUAUUUGGGCUAGAUUAAUAAAUAUUGAUGUAUUCUAUUCCAACAUUCUACUUUACCGACUGUAUUCAGCGCAGUAUUGUCAACUGGGUUCGCCGAAAAUUCCUAAUGUUUAUGUGGAAAAGUCCCUAGAAUUACCUAGGAAUACACAACAUUUUUUAAUACCUAUCAUGAAACUAACAAUUAGCUUAAGCCUGCUAAAGUGAUAAAAUAGACAAAAUCUCACUUAGAGCGUCGAGUACACUGUCCGGCGAUUACCCGAACUCCGAAUUACGUCAGCGCAUUAGAAGCUUUUAUCAUAUUUUUUUAAAUAUGAAAAUUAGCUAUACUAAUUGAAGUAAACAAUUAUACCACAAAACCCUAGAACUGGCAAAAAUUCCCCAGGUUGGCAUCACUGAUUCAGCGUCGUAUUUACAUUUUUAAAUGACAAAUUAGUAUUGCCAAUGCUUUAUCAAGUUCUAUUAGGCAAUCUAAGAAAACAGCUGAUCUACGUCAAACUGCCGGCCGUAGGGUGAACAAUUGAAUUAUAUUUUCAAAUUUUUACCCACAGUAAUUUUACAACUAAUUAUUAAAAAUACUACUUGAAGUGUGUAUAUUAAUAUAUAAAUUUCUUCAAUGUUUUGCUUCUUUAACCUUUUUAUUUGUUUUUUUUUUGAUAAAUCGUUUUCGUCCUCUUUCGGUCUUGAUGAAAAUAUAUAUUUAUAUAAAUAUACAUAUUUUAUAAAACCUAUUAGAAAGUGAAAAUGUACCGCCAAUGGUUGCGCUUUUACAGCCAAUGCACUGAGACGAGGAAAGAUAAAAAUAGAUACAAAGGACAACAGGCCACAUUAUUUUAAUUUCGGUUAUUACACCUGAACUUCCACGAUAAACAAUGAAAAAAAAAUGAAUUAAAAUUUAAAUAGAAUAUUAUUGUUUGCUUGUUGUUACGAAACACAUUAAUAAUAUAUAUUAGCGCCCCUCUAUUGAAGACUACCUCAACAGUGAGACGAAUCUGUCGGAGGAGGGGACUCGGGGCAGAGUACACUUCAGAAUAUUCUAUAAGAUUGCCGGAUGCCGCUCUUAACUGGUUGUUUAUUACAUGUUUUUGUUUGUGUUGUAUCGAAGUUUACUGUAGUAAUAUAAUAGUAGUGAUACGGACGCAGGCAAAAUGCCGAUUUUAUUGUCAGAAAGUUUAUCGAAAGUUUCGUGGCCGAGUAAUGAAAGUAUACAAGGUAGUAGUAGUACUUCAAGUGGUUCCGGUGUUCCGAGCCCUUCUUUUUCACCAUUGUGUACGUCUCCGGAUAAUACUCUGAGAAAAAAGAUACGAAGAACUUCUAGUUCGGGAAAUGUUAUUCAAGAGCCGUUCGUUAUUAGAUCGGACGUGAGGGAUUCGAGAAGCCAUAGCCCGGCGUUGAGUUGUCAUGAAGCAGAAGAAGAUGAAUUUAUUUAUUCUUUAUUAUCGAAAGUGAUUGGUUGGUAUCCAUGUUUUUUGCUACGAAUAGUGAAAGCGUUAUUUAUGGCAGUGUUACCUCCUACUUGGAGACAACUAAUUUUUGCUCUUCCCAUGAUAUGGAUCUCUAUGUGGGUAUGGUGUUUCACUCAAUUAAUACAACUACCUUUAACCAUCAUUAAAACUCUUCUUUCUGUUAUACUAUCUCCUAAUUCUUCAAGAAAUAGUAGAAAACGUACAGUGCUUAUUAGUGGUGGUAGUACUAUCCAAGCUCUUCACUUAGCGAGGAACUUUUAUGCAGCUGGAGCUAGAGUAGUUGUAUGUGAAGUGGAAGGACGUUUUGCCCUAUCAAAAUAUUCAACUGCAGUGAGUAAAUUCUAUACAGUUCCCAAACCAACUAGUGAUAAACAACAAAAUUACGUAAGAGCUCUUUGUGAAAUAGUCGAUAAUGAAAAAGCCAUUUAUUAUAUUCCUGUAGCCGCGACGACUCCCGCUUAUUACGACGCUGUAGCUAAACCACAUUUAGAACUUCUAGGAUGCACUUGCUUCUGUCCAGGUAUAAGAGAAGUAUGGGUUUUAGACGAUACCUUAGAAGUUUUAAGACGUUGUGAAAAAAAUAACAUACCGACACCUAUUUACCACGUAGUUAAAUCGAAAGAUGAAGUUUUUGAUUUAUACGAUACCGGUGUAAUUAGGAGAGGAGUAUUUGUUAUGUCGACGGUAGGACCUAGAGGAUUACGCGAAAGAUCAAAAAUAUUACUACCAAUAUCGAGAAACGAUUUGAAAAUACCAAACGAUAUAAGUGAACAGAAACCAUGGAUUGUAGUUCAAAAUAUUGAAGGAGAGCAUUACCUCACUUGUACUACAGUGAAAGAAUCGAGCGUUAUAGCAAACGUUACUUGCAAAAUGAACAAAAACAACAACGAAUUAAUUCCAGAAGAAAACAAAGAAAUCAACCAGUGGCUAACGAAUUUCUUCAAUAAAAUCAAUUUUUUGAGACCAAUAUCCGGACAUAUAUGCUUCAGAUUAGUAAUUUGUAAAGAAACUGGCGUAGUAAUUCCGUUAAAUAGCAGAGUAGGAGUAUCUCUGCCUUACAUUUGCUACACUAGCGUUCAUCCAAGGUUAGUAUGGAAGCCUUGCAGACAUUUUAGCAGACAAAAUUCCGGUCCUCUCGUAAACGGCAACGGAGUUUACAAAAUGCCGCUUACCGUAUUGCAAACAGUCAGUAACCCUUCUAUAGAAUCAGUUACAAGGCUAAUAGGUACGGUUCUGGAUAAAAGGGAGGCUCUUUUUGCAAUAUGGGAUCCUCUACCUUAUUGUGCUUAUUACCACAUGCAAUUACCUUUUAAAAAUGUAUUGGGAUUCCUGAGGAGAAGGCAGGAUAAUUUUCCUAGGCCCAUGACGACAGCUGUACGAUAAUAAAUUCUUCUUCUUCUUACCGGGAGAAUAAUGAAAAAGCCUUAUUGUGAUAAGAAUGAUGAGAUUGAGUUUAACAAACAAGUCGUAUAAAUGUGAAUAAAUAUUUUUUCAUAAUUGGAUGUAAUCUCAUGAAAAUGUGUGUCUGCUCUUAUCUCUUUGUACAAAUUUGUUAUGUUAUUAUAUUUAAUUUUUUAUGUUGAUAAUGCAUAAAAUUCAAUGUAAGUUAUAUUAACUAUGAUAUGUUUAAAUUGCAAAUGGAAUGGAUUUCAUAUUGUGAUAAAAAUUUUAAUUAAGAUAUUUGUUACAAAAAUAUUUUGGUAUAUUUAUAAAAACAUUUAUUUGUACGAUAAAUUAUAAUGAAACUUCUGUCCAGAUAUUUUUAAUGAUGUAGAUUUAAAAAAAUUAUAAAUAACUUGUGAAUAGAAUUUUUUUAUAUCGAUUUGUCUUUGAUUUAUACAAUUAAUCACUUUGUUCACUAUUACUGGGUUAUGAACACAUGUAUAUUUGUGUAUUAAUUGAAACUCCAUUGUAUUUGCCAAAUAAAUUUGAUGAAUUUCAAUAACUGGGAAAAAAUUGGGUGAACUAACUUUGGAGGUCAAUGUACCUACAAUCACAUCACGUAGAUUUCAAACAUGGAAUUUAAAGUAAUUAUUUCAAUCAUUCCAAAUGUCAAACAAUCAAUGGCUAUUGCUACAUGCGUCGGAAAUAUAACAAAAAUAAAUAUUGAGUCUACAUUGUACAAUGUUGUAGUUGAUUAUUAUUCUUCAAAUCAAACUAUAUAUUGUAAAAAAGAUAAGUGUAAUGGUACGCUAGAUAAUCCUAUUGUAGACUUUAAUUUAUGGUGUUAUUUGAUAUCUACACUAACAAACCUGACUGAAUAUACGUGAUCUAAAAGUCCGAAUCACCAGGAAAUGUUAGAAGACGAAUUUAAUAUCAGUUUUAGUGGAUAAUAGAGAAUAAUUGAAAUGUUUAUUUCUUUUGGUUUUUGUUAAAAGCGGUGCCGUACUGAAUCUCUUGGGUGGAGUUGUGUAAUAACUGAAUGAACAAUAUAAUUAUCUUUUG